UAUGUCACAAAAGUUCAAAGUUAGAAAGCUCAGAGAUUAAAAGCCAGAAGAUCUUCUUAAAGAUUUAGAAAAGCUUAAAUCAGAACUCAUUUAAUUAAGAACAGUCAAAGUUUCAGCUGGUAAUGCUUAAAAACUUGGCAGAAUUGGAGUAAUUCAUUAUUCCCUAUAUUUCAGCUUGUAAGAAAACGAAUUGCAAAAUAUUUAACAGUUAUUAAUCAAUAAAGACGAGAUUAAGUUAAAUCAAGUACUAAAUCAAGUAGCAAACUACCUGUUGAUCUUAGAGGUAAAUAAACAAGAGCAAUUAGAUAAAGAUUAACCAGAAGCGAAAAAGGUUUAUAAUAUUAAUAUAAAUUAGCUUAAAAAACAGUCAGAUAAUGGAAAAGAUUAAACAAUUUUGCAUUGAGAAAGUUUGCUUUGAAAGACUGAUU